UACGUCACUUCCGAUCCUCGUCCUACGUCAUCGCUUGAAUGUCGAUUUCCCAGAAAUCAGAUCAAGACAGAUUCUCAUUUUUCUGUUGUUUUGUCUCUAAAUCCGAAGUUUAAUACCGUUGUCGUACUGUUGACCUGUCGUUCGGCAAACAGACAUGUUAAUUAUACCUUCAGGUUAAUUACAAACGGUCGAGGUUGUUACUUCAAUCCUCAUUACCGGCAGAAAGGAGCGAGGUUCAGUUAUCAAAAAAGUAAACAGGACAGACCAGUGUUUUAAAAACAAACAAGUCUUGGGUAGAUACAUAUAACCCAGUAAUAUAUAAGUAACAACAACAAUAAUAGCAGUAAUAACUACAGUGAAGGCAUCAGAAAUAACGACGACCAGCAACAAAUACCUCAGUAGUGGUCAUCUACUUGUGGCAAACAUUGAUAAAAUUAACAACACCAACUUCAGGGACAUUAUUUUGGAUUAACAACGAGCUUUAGCACCACAGUUUGUGCGAAUGGAUGAUGUCAAUUUGAAUCCCUGCCUCCAGAAUCAGAACUGGGAUGGUGGUAAUGAGAAGAGGGCCAACAUAGAUGUAGUUGUCGAAGACCAUCAAGAUGAAGAAAUGCUCCCCAUUAAUACUCCUGAAAAGUUUGAAUGUGCAAUCUGCCUGCACCCUUGCGAAUAUCCUGUGCAGCUUCCCUGCAAACAUAUUUUCUGCUUCCUGUGCAUGAAAGGGUCUGCAAAACAAAGCCAGCGCUGUGCUCUGUGUCGGCAAGAAAUUCCUGACAGUUGUUUCUUGAACCCUCCCCUGUUGAAUGAAGAACAACUUGAAAAGACUGUCACCUUUGACAAAAACUACCAAUGGUUCUAUGAGGGUCGUAAUGGCUGGUGGCAGUAUGAUGAACGAACGAGCAGAGAGAUGGAGCAGCGCUAUAAGACCAAUGAGACCAGCUUUGAUUUACUAAUUGCUGGCUAUGUCUACACAAUAGACUUUGAGAAAAACAUCCAAUACAGGCAAGACAAUCCUAUGAAGAGACGUCAGAUCAAAAGAGACUUUGUCAACAUACCUGAAAAGAAAGGCAUUGCUGGCAUAAAGCUAAACCAGAGUUCACAGGGACGUCCUGGGCCAUUGGGUGGUGAGAUCCCAUCUAUGGUGUCGAGGUUAGAUUCAAAUGCUUGUGAUGACAGUGUCAUGUCACCUCCUGCCCCUAACAACACUCCACAAAGUCCUGCCAACAGCCCAUUACAUUCUACAUUUUCUUCUGAACAAGACCUAUCUUUACACUUAGAGAAUCUACAACUAACUGAGUCCCACUCAACGUAGCGACUACAUCAAGCUACUCUCCUAAUGCAACCAUUUGCUUAAAGAAUAGGAAAUUUAACCCUUUUAAUAAUAACCUACCUGAGACUGCCCUUCUCAGUUCUGUGAAACAAAUUCACUGUUAUUAAACUGAUCUAAAUGAAAUCUUCCAUCAAGAUUUCAUGUUAAUUUAUGUUCCAAACUAAUAGUGAUAAAGUUGCAGCGUGGAAGGUGUUUAUAAGCCAUUUAAAAUAACACACAAAAUCCGUUAGAUUCACUUCAACAUUUAAAUUUAAUUUGUCAAAAUAUUUUCGUCGCUUUGAGACCGCGACCUGUUCACUGACAAAAUUCUGUGCUGCAUCUGAGAAAGUAAUAGUUAGUUCAUGAUAUAUAUGUACAUGUGUAUGUAUGUAUGUAUGUGCGUGUACAUGUGUGUGUGUGUGUGUGUGAUAAAGUUAUUUUAAUUGAAAUAAGGGCACUGUACAACCACAGAAAUAUGAUAACAAAAGGGUUAACUAAUUCUUUUUAUUCUAAUUCUUCUUUCCUUUUUCUUAAAAUUUUUAAUAACAUUUUCUAUUUUUUUUGUUUGAGAGAGAGGGGGAGAAAAAAAGUGAAAAAACAACAAUCAACAAGCAAUCAAUGUGUAUUGCAAUUUAUUAUAAGAAUUGGCAGGCUGGGGAGACAAUGAACUGUUUACUUGUUGGAAUUGAGGAAAAAAAAAUACAAAAAAAUAUUUCUUAUAGUUUUGUUUGUUUUUCUUUAUCUUUCUACAUUUUCACCUUUGAAUCUGUCCAAGUUGUUAAUCUUAUUCUUUGCUCACAUCCCUAUUAUAUAACAUGUAAUGUUUUCUAUAAAAAUAGAACAAAUCUUC